AUAAGAAUUUUGAAAUUGCAGAAGCCCCAAACCCUUGAGCAAAUUGGAAAGCGAGGAAAUGGAAGGAAGCGAGAGCGAGAAAGUGUUCGAUUCGCUGAACCUAAAUCCGAAGCUCUUCGUCAACGAGGCCCUCAAUAUUGUCGACGAGUUAGUUGAUGAUGCUUUUGAUUUCUUCCACCAAGAGGCAGCAAAUCUUCUGAAAACUGAAGGCACAAAUCGAUCGGAAGAUCUAAAAGAGGGUGUGGCUCAAAUUAAGAACAUGGUCCAAUUGACUCUGGACAAGCGGUUGAGUUUAUGGGAGAAGUACUGUUUGCACAAUUGCUUUAAAGUUCCGCAAGGGUUCUCUUUGCCUAAAGCUGAUGGACCAUCUGGUGACACUUCAUUUGAUAUUAAUGCUGUUGAGAAUCCUGAACUAGAUGAAAAGUUGGAUUUCUUAAGGAACAAGAUUUCCGAGGUGGGAAAAGAGUCUGCUGAGCUCAACAGAGAACUACAAGCUCUCGAAGGGCAGUCCAUGUUAAGUGGCCACUCUGCUGCCUCUCUUACUGAAGCGUUGGAGUUGUAUCAGCAACUGGCAGUGAACGAGAAGUUUGAAGAACUGGUACGAACUGCAUCAGAUUUUCAAUCCAAAGUGGAGAAUUUGGCAACCAGAAUGGUGGAGGACACUGAGCACCGCAGAGCAAAAAAAAUUCGCACUUCAAAUGGGGAAGUGUUCAGAUCGAACAAUGAUGAAGGCCUACUGAGUGCGACACUGGAGGAACUUCAAGUAUUCGUGGAUGAUAUAAAGACUCUUCGUGACUGAACUGUGGCUUAAUUUACUGAUGCUGUAAAUAAGCGCUCUUGUAGGUUCUUAGUAAUGUAAGAAUUUUUCUCUUGUUUUGAAAUGUAAAGUUUGAGAGAUAAUAGUAACCACUUCACUAGGACAUUAGCAAGGGAAGUAGAAAAGAUUGGCGAUAUCAAAAUCUGUAUUAUUGAUGAUCUGUCAAUAGUUAGAUGAUUUGCAUGUUUGUGACAAACUCAAUGAAAAGCCAUAAAUUUUAGCUGCUGC